AUGCGCUUCUCCACUUCUCUCGCUCUUACGCUUCCCGUGCUUGCCGCCGCCGAGCAGCAGGUGCCUCUCGCUGAUAAAGUGAGAGGAUGGAUCAACAAGGCCACGAACUACGUCUCGGCCGCCGCACCCUCUGUCACAGGGAAUCCCAUCAAGGCCGCCGCUGGCAAAGCCGCUAAUGCCGCCGUACACGAUUUGACGCUCGAGAACUGGAGAUCCAUUGUCAAGCCCAGCCCUGCCGCUGCCCAUCAGGGCCCAGAAGAAUGGAUGAUUUUCCUCGACGGCGGGAACAAGACGUGCUACGGCUUGUGUGCUAACGCGUCGGCGGCGUGGAAUGUGGCUGCUCCCAUCCUGGCCGCUUCCCCAAACCCACCCAAACUCGCCAGAAUCGAUUGCGAUGGCCAGCAAAUCCUCUGCAACACCUGGGCCGCAGGUCCUCCCUCAGUCUACCACAUGCUUCUCCCCGCUCCGCUCCCCGACCAGUCCAAGCCCGCAACCACCAUCCACUGGAUCGGACUCAAUCGCUCCAGCAGCGUCACUCACACCGCCAAGGUCAUUACGGAGAUCCACACCAAGGAGACCUACAAGCAGAAGCCCGUAUACGAGGGUUACUUUCAUCCGUUCGAUGGCAUUGUGCAGAAGCUUGGCCUUGACUUGCCCUUGGCGUACGUGUUCUGGGGCUUCAGCCUGAUGCCGAGCUGGCUGCCCAUGAUUGCCAUCUCGCUGUUCUCUAGGGUCUUCAUGUGA